UUAAGUUUAGCUAUAGUUUUUUUUUUAGUGGUUAAAAUGUUGUUCUCUCCUGCCCGCUGUCUCAUCCCUCUGCUGCUUUUACACUCCGUUGACCCUGGACGGAUCCUGAGGACGAUCAAGGAGCGCGUGCGUGAUCUCCAGCUGCAGAAAAGCAAGCAGCUCCUCCUGACGCUCGCAGCCAGAGGUCAUCAGCCUCUCCAACACGUGAAGGAGGCCUGGAUUCACCAGCCGCUGGACCACUUCAACCGACAGGACGCAGCUACUUUCCCUCAGAGGUUCUUUGUGAACGAGGCCCACUGGCAGCGUCCUGAUGGCCCAGUGUUUCUCUUCAUUGGAGGAGAAGGGCCCAUCUUUGAGUUUGAUGUCCUGGCAGGUCACCACGUUGACAUGGCUAAAGAGCAUGGGGCUCUGCUGCUGGCUGUGGAGCACCGUUUCUAUGGUAACAGUGUCAAUCCGGACGGCCUCAAGACGGAGAACCUGGCCGACCUGAGCAGCCAGCAGGCGCUUGCUGACUUGGCUUUGUUCCACCAGUACAUCAGUCAAAGCUUCAGUCUGAGCCACAGGAACACCUGGAUCAGCUUUGGUGGCUCGUACUCCGGAGCUCUGUCUGCCUGGUUCAGAGGGAAGUUUCCCAGCCUGGUGUAUGGAGCUGUGGCCUCCUCUGCACCGGUCAAGGCAAAGCUGGACUUCUCUGCCUACAACAAUAUUGUUGGCUCGAGUCUGAAGAACAUGGCAGUUGGUGGCUCUGAGAAGUGUCUGGCUAAAGUGCGGGAAGCUUUUGUUGCUGUGGAAGCUGCACUGAUGAGUGGAAAUAUCAGCCAGGUGGCCAUGGACUUUGGAUGCUGUCAGAUCCCCAAGGAUCCUGCUGAUCAGACUGAACUGAUGCAAAACCUGGCCGACAUAUUCAUGGGGGCAGUGCAGUACAACGAAGAAGGGGUGCUCAUGCCUAUUAAAGAGCUGUGUGGUGUUAUGACCAAUACGAGUGAGGAGUUCGAGGAAGAGGUGGACGCUUACAAACGCCUUGUUAAAGUUUCCCAGAUCUACCGUUCCACCAGCACUGAGUCGUGUCUGGACGUCUCCCAUGAGAAAGCAAUAAAGGAUCUGAUGGACACGUCUGUCCAGUCUGGCAGGAGAGCAGAGAGACAGUGGACGUACCAGACCUGCACUGAGUUUGGCUUCUAUGAGACUUGUGAGGACGCCACAUGUCCAUUUUCUGGGAUGUUGACUCUGCAGACUCAGACUGAGCUCUGUGCCAUGCUGUUUGGUAUUUCCCAGCAUUCUGUGUCUGCACGCGUCACCUUCACUAACACUUACUAUGGAGGAGACAACCCCCACACCCACAGGGUCCUCUAUGUCAACGGUGGCAUUGAUCCGUGGAAGGAGCUGUCGGUGGUCCAGGGUACGACUGAGGAUGGAGAACAGGCCCAGACGGUUUUCAUCGAGGACACUGCUCAUUGUGCCGACAUGGCCAGUAGAAGAGUCACCGACCGACGCUCGCUCAGGGAAGCCAGACAGGAGAUUGAGAAGCACGUGGCCGGCUGGCUGAAGACAGCUGCCCAGGAGGCGAUGGAGAAAAGAAGAGCCUGAUCAGAUCGUGGUGUAACCUAGAUCAGGGCUUAUCACCGUGCCAUGAAACUGAUAAGAAGUACUUAAUAAUCUGGCCUGCCUGCUCUGCUCCAUCCUCCUCACCCUCCAUUUCCUCUCCAUUGCCUCUUUCACUCUCCAUCUACCUAACGAUCUCAUAGCACUGCAGCUGACCUUUCAUUUUGCACUUCUUAUCAAUUGUGUGGUUGACAUAUAAACUUUUGUGGAGAUUUUCUAGGUUUUUAUCUUCUGAUUUAAUUUUACAUACUUGCUUAUUUAAUUAUACGAUGCCCGUUUCCCACUUAAUAACCUUUUCUGACUCUGGUAAAAUAAAACGUGAUUUGUUUUUCCACUAUG